GUUGCGAGAUGUGGACGUACAGGUCUGCGGAAUUGUUGGCCAAACUGUGAAAUCGCAUUAGGAGCGCAGCUAAUGCGAAACGUUUCGCGUGAUCGGAAACCAUAGAAACGUGCUACACUAGAAUUCUAUACUUAUAUACGCUACGCAGAAAGAUCUCUAGACGAAAGUACAAAAUAUCGAAAUCAAAAUGGUUAAAAAUCAGCUCAGAUUAUCACCGCAUUCGGUACGGAAGAGGAAAUCCCACACGCUGCCCGGCUUAGAUGACUUUCAGGUGCAGGCGGCAGUAGACAGUAAUCAAGAAGAGCACGCCAAAAGGAUCAGCUAUUUUCAAUUGUAUCGCUACUCAACUGGCGGAGAACGACUGCUAAUCAUAUUGGCCGUAAUACUGGCCACAAUUGCGGCUGUGUUUAUACCCUACUCUGUUGUGAUAUACGGAGAGUUCUCUUCCCUGCUUAUAGAUCGCACGGGGGGCGUGGGAACUUCGUCGCCCACAUUCAUACUUGCCCUGUUUGGAGGGGGGAAAGUGCUAACCAAUGCCACGAAGGAGGAGAAUAAUGCGGCCAUAGUCGAUGAUUCAAUUGCCUAUGGGCUAGGAAGUCUGGCAGGUGCGAUAUUACUACUGGUCUUCAUAGCUAUGGCUGUGGAUAUAGUAAAUCGCAUAGCCCUCAAGCAAAUUGGACGCAUACGGAAAGUCUUUCUGAGGGCCGUUUUACGUCAGGAAAUGUCUUGGUAUGACACCAAUUCGUCCACGAAUUUCGCGAGCAAAGUUGCAGAGGAUCUGGAUAAAAUGAAGGAGGGCAUUGGCGAGAAGGUCACCAUAUUCACAUUUUUGAUUAUGACAUUCGUGUUAGCCAUUGUGGCGUCAUUCUUCUACGGCUGGAAGCUCACGCUUGUGGUGCUCACCUGCUGUCCGUUCAUCAUUGUUUCGACGGCGAUGGUGGCCAAGAUACAAAGUUCUCUGACCGAAAAGGAGCUCAAGUCCUAUUCAGGUGCUGGUUCAGUGGCUGAGGAAGUCUUCUCCGGGAUACGUACAGUUUUCGCCUUCAGUGGCGAACGAAAGGAGACAGAGCGGUUCUCUAAGCUUUUGGGGCCGGCUGAAGAAACAGGCCGAAAGAAGGGCCUUUACUCUGGCAUCGGAUCAGCCGUCAUGUGGUUCAUUAUCUUCGCCUGCAAUGGCCUAGCCAUGUGGUAUGGCAUCACAUUGAUUCUUGACGAUCGGGGCGAGGAGGUGCGCACCUAUACACCCGCUGUGCUGGUCAUUGUGCUCUUUGGUAUCAUUAUGGGUGCCCAGAAUGUGGGAUUCUCAUCGCCCCAUGUAGAGGCGUUUGCAGGGGCUCGAGGUGCAGCUCAAAGCGUCUUCGCCGUCAUCGAUCGUCAGUCAAAAAUCGAUCCAUUGGACGAGCAUGGCAAGAAGCCGGAGGAUAUAACUGGGAAUAUUCAGUUUAAAGAUAUCACCUUCCGAUAUCCUGCACGACCAGACAUUGAAAUACUUCGAGGGCUAUCACUGGAUAUAGAGGCAGGCAAGACGGUGGCAUUUGUGGGCGCUUCCGGAUGUGGCAAGAGUACAUUGCUGCAGCUUAUGCAACGCUUUUACGAUCCUUUAGACGGUAGCGUACAGCUGGAUGGCCAGGAUUUGCGCACACUCAACGUUAACUGGCUGCGAGCCCAGAUUGGGGUUGUGGGCCAGGAGCCGGUGCUGUUUGCGACCACAAUCCGGGAAAAUAUACGCUACGGCUAUACGCAGGCAACUCAAGAAGACAUCGAAAGAGCUGCGAAAACUGCGAAUUGUCAUGAUUUUAUUGUCAGGCUGCCAAAGGGCUACGACACAUUGGUGGGCGAACGAGGGGCACAAAUGUCGGGCGGCCAGAAACAGAGAAUUGCCAUAGCUCGGGCAUUGGUGCGCAAUCCACGAAUUUUGUUGCUCGACGAGGCAACCUCCGCACUCGACCCAACGUCCGAGAAGCGCGUGCAAGACGCACUCGAGGUGGCGAGUCAGGGACGAACAACCCUUGUGGUAUCGCAUCGCCUUUCAACGGUGACUAACGCGGACAAAAUUGUGUUUGUCAAGGACGGUGUGGUGGUGGAACAGGGCACACAUGAGGAACUAAUGGCCAAGGGUGGAUUUUACAACCAGCUAGUAAAUAUUACGAAGCGUAAAGAGGCUACUGAGGACGUUGAAGACCCUGAGACAAUACGUCCUAGUCUCGAUAGCAGAACACCCAAGCCUUAUGAAUCUUCCUCGGAGGACGACGAUGCAGAUGUGUACCAUCAAAAAAUAGAUACGGCCGAGGGAUCAAGACACCGCUAUAAGCAGAAGAAGGAGAAGUAUAAUAUCACCUUUCGUCAGCUGCUGAGACUAAAUGCUCCGGAAUGGCCUUAUUUACUCUGUGGUUGCAUUGCUGCCGUUGCUCUGGGCGCGACCUUUCCAAUAUGGGCCGUAUUCUUCGGCAAUUUCUUCGGCAUUAUGUCCGACGAAGAUGCUGAUUAUGUUCGGUCUAGUGCAAACAAGUUGGCGCUGGUGUUUGUUGGCAUUGGACUCUUGGCUGGAUUGGGAGUGUUGGCUCAGACAUAUAUGUUUAACACAGCUGGCGUAAAGAUGACAUCCCGGCUGAGAAAGACGGCCUUUAAGACGAUAAUCUCACAGGAAGUGGCGUAUUUCGAUGAUCCAAAGAACUCGGUGGGCGCACUAUGUGCCCGUUUGGCCACCGAUUGCUCCAGCGUUCAGGGGGCCACUGGAGCGCGCAUUGGGAUUAUGGUACAGGCAGCGGCUACGGUAAUCGUUGGCAUGAUUAUAGCCUUCAUUUUCUCUUGGAAAAUGACCCUGCUUACCCUCGUCACUAUACCCGUAGUGUGCUUCACCAUAUUCUUGGAAUCGCGCUUUGUCGAGUCCAGUGCCCGAGCCGAGAGGGAAGCCAUCGAGCAUGCCUCGCAAGUGGCCGUUGAGGCUAUUGCCAACAUACGAACGGUGGCAAGUCUGGGCCAGGAGAGUGAUGUCAUUAAGCGCUAUACUGACCGAAUCGAUCAGAUGGAGGAAGCUUGUCGCCGUAAGGUGCGCUACCGAGGACUUGUUUUUGGCUUGGGACAGGCAUCUCCCUUCCUGGCCUACGGCCUGUCUUUGUAUUAUGGUGGAACGCUUGUCGCUAAGAAUGAAAUGCCCUACGAGGACAUCAUCAAAGUAUCAGAGGCGCUAAUUUUUGGUUCUUGGAUGCUGGGUCAGGCCUUGGCCUAUGCGCCUAAUGUCAACGAGGGCAUCAUGUCAGCUGGUCGCCUAAUGAAGCUCUUUGAACGUAAAUCAACGGUGCACAACCCUGCCGAUAAGCCCUAUAACACAGCCGAGAAGUCCGAAGGAGACAUAACAUACGAGCACGUCGAAUUUGAGUAUCCCACCCGGAAAGGCACGACCAUAUUGCGAAAUCUCAAUCUAACCAUUAAAAAGGGCACUACGGUGGCGCUGGUGGGCCCCUCUGGCUCCGGCAAGUCUACCUGUGUACAGUUGCUGCUCCGGUUUUACGAUCCGACUGGCGGCAGCGUUAAUCUCAGCGGUGUGCCAACCACAGACUUUUCGUUCGACACCUUGCGCUCCAAAAUGGGCCUUGUAUCGCAAGAGCCCGUGCUCUUCGACCGGACCAUUGCUGAGAAUAUUGCGUACGGCAAUAACUUCCGCGAUGAUAUACCCAUGUCCGAAAUCAUGGAGGCUGCAAGGAAAGCCAACAUACAUAACUUUAUUAUAACCUUGCCGCAGGGCUAUGACACCAGUCUGGGUAGCAAGGGUGCUCAGCUAUCGGGCGGUCAAAAGCAACGUGUCGCCAUCGCUCGUGCCCUAGUGCGUAAUCCCAAGAUCCUGAUUCUGGACGAAGCAACAUCGGCGUUGGACCUAGAGAGCGAGAAGGUUGUGCAAGAGGCAUUGGAUGUUGCUCGAUCAGGUCGCACCUGUCUCACCAUUGCUCAUCGGCUCACCACUGUGCGGGAUGCAGAUCUGAUAUGUGUGCUCAGAAAGGGCAUUGUAGUGGAACAGGGUACGCAUGACGAACUCAUAAGCAUGAAUGGCAUCUAUGCCGAGCUCUAUCAACUACAACAGGUGGCUGAUUAGUUUCAUUGUCCAAUGAAUGUAUAUUUGUCUUUUGUAUUGUACAUAGCGAAAAUUCUUAAACAUUAAAUGCCAUGUAGCUGCAGAUGUGUUGCUUCAAUUAUAAA